UGUAACAGUUUCUCGCAGACCCAGUGUACUGCGGUGUACGGUAUUAUUCGUCCUGUGCGGCUCAUCGAAUGACCAACCGCUUUUCUUUGCCACAUUUUUUCACCAGAGAGAGAACAAGAGGAGCUAUCUAAGAUGGGCUCUUUUGACACGAAUGGGACCUAUGCCCGUGGAAUCGUGGACGAAGCGGUCCUGUCUCGAACCGAAGCCUUGCACGCCGUGGGUCGCUUCCUGUGGGAGAACCCAGGAGAUACGCUUCGAGGAGCACAAGGCGCACGACACGCUGUGCGCCUUCCUCGAGGGCGAGGGAUUCGACGUACGCCGACACCACUUCCUGGACACGGCGUUCCGCGCGGAGUACGGGGAGGGCUCCCCUGUGGUGGCGCUGCUGUGCGAGUACGAUGCCUUGCCCGGCCUCGGACACGCUUGCGGGCACAACCUGAUUGCCGAGAGCGCUAUCGCCGCUGCGGUCGCAGCAAAGGAGCUUAUCGUUCGUAAGAACAAGUUGAGCGACGUCCCCUUUAAGGGGAAGAUAGUGGUGCUGGGCACACCCGCCGAAGAAGGCGGCAUGGGGAAAGAUCUGUUGCUGCGUGCUGGCGCAAUGGAUGACAUCGACGCUGCGCUCAUGGCGCACCCCGAAAACAGGUCCGUCCUAAGGAUGCGAUUGUCGUCCAGAAGUGGGGUGACCAUGGUGUUCGACAGCGUCGACGGUCCGGACAGCGGGGAUCAACCCAGCGCAAUGGACGCCGCUGUGUUGGCUUAUAGCAAUAUGACACUGUUGAGGGCACGUAUGGAUCCCGACAGCCGAAUGCAUGGCACAAGGAGCUCACAGACGUCAUCUACAAGUCAGUGCGAAACACUGCCUCCGAGUCUACUACAACUACACCGACCAAUACGUAGAAUGAUGAGCACCGAAACGACGACCGACUUCAACGUUCACCGCAGCCGCCUCGUCAUGAACGUGCGGUCGCCCAGCACAGAGCGUGUCCUGCAGAUGCGAGGUGACAUCGAGGCCUGCGCCGAGGCAGCAGCCAAGGCGACAGGCUGUCGCCUCACCAUCAGUGACCUUGGACGCCUCUGCAGGCACAUGAACUACAACGAAACCAUGGUUAGGACAUUCCAAAAGCACGCCGACCAGUACGGAAUGCCUUUCAUCGACGUUCCAAUGACGACAGGUUCCACCUCCGACGCUGGUAAUGUGUCUCACAAGCUGCCCACCAUCCAUCCCGUGUACCGCAUCGAUUCAACCGGUUUCAACCACACGAGAGAGUUUUGGCGCGUGUCCGGGACGAAGGCGGCCCAGGAAACGGCUGUGCUUGUUGGGAAGAUGCUAGCGCUCACAGCCUUCGACUUACUGUGUGAUCCGCAUCUCCUACAACGUGUGAAGAAGGAGUUCGAUGACUUCGCGGCGCAAGCCGUGUGAAACGCCGAUAGGUGGCCACGCUAAUUCACUACGUCAAUCCAUCAGCUCAUUCAUAUUAUGUAUGUUCGAAGGUAUGUGACAUGCGGGAUGGUCAAUGCGCUGUGCGUCUAAAGCGCUUAAGCAAUAUAAUAAGAAACACAAUAUUUCUGUAGAGUUUAAGUAUAGCGUACGUGCAGAUCUAACAAUACCUACUUAAACAAAAGAACGCACAUGCGCUUUGGGCACUGAAAUACUUGGAAGACUGAGAGCCCAUACAUUUGAAUAACAAACAAAGAUGAUGAAUAUUGCAAAUGAGCUCUGCGGAAAGCCGCAAUGUGGCGGAAGGGUUUAGAGCCGUUCCACGCGCUUCCCGCACAGCCGCAACGC